CCUCCCUUCCUUCCUCACAGCUUGUCUCACUCUCAUGACCUCUUUUUUCAACUCUUUACAUUUCUUCUCUACUUUUUUUCACUGAUAAAAAGCCUAGGGUUCCAACUUUUUCUCCAAUCAACCUCAGAUUAUCAAUACUCGCUCUACAUUUUACAUCAUAAAUUUUCUUCUACCUCACCUUCACUUGCUCCAAUUUAGUGGAUCUUUCGCACCUUUUGUUGGUGCAAUUGUUCCUGGAUUUUUGGAGGGAGUUGCUUUAUGGGAUAGUGUUAGGGUCAAAAAGCGAAAAUGCCGUGAGUUAUUUAUUGGUGUUUUUGCUUUUUGGAAGACGUACAUUUGAAGCAAAUUCUAAUGUUUUAGUAUGAGUGCUAAUUUCCCAACUCUGAAUUACUGAAUCUUAUCUAUAACUCCGUGGAGAAGGAAUAUUCUGGAUCAUUUUACUCUUGUUUACUAAGACUGUGAUUCGCAAUUCGGAUCGCUUUAAUCGGCUUCAUAGUAGCACAAACUAAGUUAGAUUUAGGAAAUGUGUUGCAGAUGAUGAGAUGCCGCACCGCCAUAUCGUCGCACAUUUUGGUUGAUCGCCUCUCUACUUAUUAGGGAUUUUAGGUGAUGGAGGAUAUAGGGCUGUUCAAUCAAGGGUGGAAAUGGCUGCAAUCAAAGGACUGUUAUUCUGUAGUGAGGACUACUGCGAGCUGUUUAAGGGACAAGAUCGGGAUUUUCAAGGAGCGGCAUUGGCCGAUGGUUUGUUGCGGAUGUGCAAAAUUUGGCAGAGCUCUUCUGUUCUUGUUGGUCUAUUGGAAAAACUGUUGUAUUUCAGGAUUCCAGUCUUUUGCUGGGCUGGGAUCAGCGGCUCUUCUUGUUAUUAUGUGGAGUUGCUUCCUAAGCUUGACAUCUAUGUCGUGUCUUGUAUAUGUGCUUCUUAGUAUGGGAGCGGCUGCGGCUGCUGUUCAGUAUUUAGGCUACACUCCUGGACUUUUUAUUGUGGGGCUGUUUGCCAUUCUAAUUUUAAGGAUGUAUGCUAACAUUUGGAUAACUGGUACCUUGUUUAUAGUUGGUGGCUAUCUGUUUUCAUUGAAUCACGCUCGGCUGGUGGUAUUUAUGGCAACCUUGUAUUCUGUAUAUUGCGUUAAAAACCAAGUAGGAUGGCUUGGAGUUUUUCUCGCAAUUAAUCUUGCUUUCCUAUCUAAUGAUGUAUGGAACUACAUGAUAAAGUGGUGUGAUAAUUUAAGUGAAAGCACUCAUUUUGAGGAGCAUAAAGAGGCUGAUUCAUUUACAGAAGAUGAUUUUUGCACUAAGUGCGAAUACUCUGCUCCUACUGAAGUAGAAAUAGAAGAAGAAGUAGAAGUAGAAGAAGAGAAGCUGAAAUCAUGUAAAUCAACAACUAAACCUGCUAGUCCUUCAUCAAUUGUUGAAAAGCCAAAAGAAGUUGCGCUGAAGGUCGUGGUUAGAGAAGAUGGGAAUUCCCUGAUUGAGAUGGAGAGGAUUUUAAGUAGUGGCAAUCACUAUGAAGCCCUUGGGUUUCCCCGCCAUAAGAAGAUCGAUGUUAUAUUAUUGAAGAAGGAAUAUCAUAAAAAGGCAAUCAGUUAUUCUCCUCAGAAUAACUGCUUGGUAGCAGUUUCCUAUGCAACACCACAUUUUGCAUAUAUUCAGGCCAUGCUUGUGCACCCUGACAAAAAUAUGGGAAGCCCACUUGCAAGUGAAUCAUUUAAGAAACUUCAAUGUGCAUAUGAGGUUCUUUCUGAUGCUGUGAAGAAGAGGGACUAUGAUGAACAGCUCAAGAAAGAAGAAUCGAAGUAUGUUAUGCAGAAAUCAGCAAGCACUUCUUAUCAGACUACUGACGUUUGCUCUGAGGAAUCGAGGUGCAUUCAGUGCACAAAGUGUGGCAAUUCUCAUAUAUGGGUCUGUACAAAUAGAACCAAGGCGAAAGCUAGAUGGUGCCAGGAUUGCUGCCAGUAUCAUCAAGCUAAAGAUGGCGAUGGAUGGGUUGAGAACAAGGGCUCACUUGAGUUUGAUCGGCUGCAAAAGGUGGAAAUACCCCGUGCUUUUGUAUGUGCUGAAAGCAAGAUUUUUGAUGUAUCGGAAUGGGCUACAUGUCAGGGAAUGUCUUGCAGAGCAAAUACCCACAGGCCCAGUUUCCAUGUAAACAUGGUUGGAUUGGAGAAGUCAACUCAAAGGUCAAACUCAAGCCGUUACCCAUGGGAUUUGGAUGCUGAGAUGACUGAUGAAGAGGAUGAAUUUGAUAUAUGGCUACAGCAAGCCCUCGCAGCUGGACUGUUUUGUGAAACUUCCAAACGUAGGAAAAGCUGGAGUCCCUUCAAACUGCCUCAGAAGAUAGGGAAAAACCAGUGGCGCAGAUCAUCUUAGAAGAAAACUUGAUUAAUCACCAUCCAUCUUUUUCCACCCACACUUCUCCGUGCAGAGCGUUGGUGCCCAGAGAGCUUGGAGCAGGUGAGAAUGUGGAUCAAGAAUUGCACGGUCCAAUUAUGUAAAUAACCGGGAUUCGUCUAUGUUACACUUGCACACCAGUUUUUGCAGCAUUCUUGAGCUUUAGAAUGAAAAUGCGAGGAAUGGCAAAACUGCUUUGCUGCUGUUUUGUGUACACAUUUGCUUAACACCACUUGAGCAGAUGCAAUAAAGUGAAUAGUUGAAUUAGCA